CCGAAUGAGCAGAUAAUAGACACCAUUAGGAGGGAAGUGCUCGAAGAGUCCGGUUUUGAGAUGGCGCCGGUAGAUUUAGUUAUGAUUGAGAGCAUCGGCAAUAUAUUUAAUUUCAUAUACUCUGGCCGUGUCAUCGGUGGUCAACUAAAGACUGUUGAGGACAGUGAGUCAAUUGAGGCCAAGUGGUGGUCUGAGAGUGACAUGAGUUCAUUGAAUCUGCGAUACGACGACAUUUUGGAUGUCAUAAGUGUUGUCCGCAAUCAUAACACAUCUCUGGCAGAGAUUUCGUGUCAUAUCUCACGAUUCAUUGCCAUUGAGGCCCACAAUAGGAUGUUAUUAAGAGUGGUAUUCACUGUCACUAAAGAAAACAACAGUCGAUACGUACUGAUCAAAAAAGUGCCGUCCCCUCAACUACCUCAAAUAUUUAUCACUGAAUACCUGAUUGACAAACUCGAGGGUGUGUUGUCAGUUGAACACAACGGAGUUCCCCAAAGUCCACAGGACUCACCCCACGACGGCCUCUGUAUCACUGUCUUAGCCAAGAGUCGGAUGCCGUAUGAAGAUAUGAACCCAAUUACUGGUGAUUAUGAAUGGAUGCAAAUGAGUCGAUCACUGUACGCACUGCUCACCCGUUGUCUCGACAAUCCUAACACAGAGUUAAUUCAAUGGAGAAUUAAGCAAACUGUUGGUUAUAUCGGGGGCGCCGUUAUCUUCAAUGAGGACAUGGAUGUGCUGUUGAUUCAGGAGUCAAAGGCCUCAUGUCGUGGCAAAUGGUAUCUCCCUUUGGGUCGAAUAGAGUCAAACGAACAGCUCAUGGAUGGCUCUAAGAGGGAAGUACUCGAAGAAUCGGGUCUUGAGAUCGAAACGACAGCUUUGGUGGUCAUUGAGAGUGAAGGGAGCGCUUGGUAUAGGUUUACAUAUACUGGACGUGUCAUCGGUGGUCAACUGAAGACUGUUGAGGACAAGGAGUCAAUUCAGGCCAAGUGGUGGUCCGAAAAUGAGUUACAAUCAGCUAAUCUUCGCUUUGAAGAUAUCUUGGAUUUGAUACAUUGUGUCCGAAAUUAUCACAAAUCGGUUAAUACUUCGCAUAACUCAAGACUCACUGCCAUUAGAGCUCACAAUGAGAUGCUUUUAAGAGUUGUAUUGACUGUCAGUAGGAAAUCAGACAAAAGGCAAUUAAUACUGUUCUCUUCGCGCCCGACCCCUCAUUUGCCAGUCUGUGAAAUGGAUCCGCAAAACAGUUUGAGAGUAACUCUUAGUUCGUUCCUUAAGAGAAUAUUGGGACAGAAUUUCACUGCUGACUACCAGCCAUUAGGUGUGUUAUCGGUUGAACACAACGGAGUUCCCAAACACUCUCACGACGGCAUAUGUUUUACUGUAUUAGUGGUAAACGGGAAACCAUUUGAUGAUACCGUUCCCAUGCCAUCUCCAUACAAAUUGCUUGAAUUGAGUCCAGCCCUGAAGUCACUGACAAUACUGACCGGUGGGACAGUUGACACCAAGAAUGAGGGGCCGGUAGUCUGCGAUUAUUCUGUGGAACAACAAUUCAAGGAUUUAAGAAUGCCAUACAAUAGGAGCGAUGCGUCCAAACUGAUAGUGAAAGAGACGGUGUUUUAUAAGGUGGCGGCCGUUGUAUUCAAUGACAAGAAUGAGGUGCUUAUGAUUCAGGAGAGGAAGAGGAGGUGCCGAGGGAUGUGGUGUUUGCCGUCCGGAAAGGUUGAGCCCAACGAGCAGUUGGUGGACGCCGUCACCAGAGAAACACUCGAGGAAUCGGGUCUUAGGAUCCAACCGACGGCUCUGGUAGUGGUCGAGCACUCUGUCGGACAUUGGUUUAGGUUUACGUUUACGGGUCGUGUGAUUGGCGGUCAGAUUAAGACCGAUGAGGACGAGGAGUCGAUGAAAGCCCAAUGGUUUUCCGAUAAGGAUUUGGAUGAUAGAGAUCUUCGCAGAGAUAAAGAGUUCACUAAAUAUGUGAUUGAUUUGGUCCGCAAUUAUAAUUCGGUACAGAUUUCUGGCAAUAGCUUGAAAUUACCAGUCAUUCGACCCCACAAUCAGAUAAUCAUAAGAAUUAUGUUUUUGGUCAAAAGCGGACAAAAUUCAAAACAUCAGUAUCUGGUCUCAAAAGCGCCGACCCCUCACCUGCCUGUCUGUGAGAUAAACCGAGAGAUUCCUAUUUUUGAGACAAUUGUACGAUUAUUACAGAAAAUAUUUGUGUCCAACAAAUCGCUACAAUUCUCAUCAAUGGGUUUGCUUCGAGUUGAACACAACGGAGUUCCCAUGGGUUCACACGAAGGCAUUUGUUUCACUAUUUUGGUCCACUGUCCGGUGCCCUGUGAGGAUAUGCCUGCCAUUCCUAUCGACUCUAAUUAUACAUUUGUUCAGUUGAUGUCAACUAUGGAGCAAAGACUCAAUGAAUUAGUCAACCAAAACAUCAAGACUAUUGCCUUUCUGUAUAUACCCCGUUAA